AUGGAUCCGGGCGCCUGCAGCACGUCGCUGGCCGAUGGCGCCGGGGAUCCCGAGCGGAGCGUCCCCAGGAUCUGCGGGGUCUGCGGGGACCGAGCCACCGGCUUCCACUUCAACGCCAUGACCUGCGAGGGCUGCAAGGGCUUCUUCAGGAGGAGCAUGAAGAGGAAGGCCAUGUUCACCUGUCCCUUCAGCGGGGACUGCCACAUCACCAAGGACAACCGGCGGCACUGCCAGGCCUGCCGGCUCAAGCGCUGCCUGGACAUCGGCAUGAUGAAGGAGUUCAUCCUCACGGACGAGGAGGUGCAGAGGAAGCGGGAGAUGAUCCUGAAGAGGAAGGAGGAGGAAGCCCUGAGGGAAAGCCUCAAACCCAAACUCUCGGAGGAGCAGCAGAAAGUCAUCGACAUCCUGCUCGAGGCCCAUCGCAAAACCUACGACCCCACCUAUGCUGACUUCACCAAAUUUCGGCCCCCUGUGAGGAGCCACCCCAGCAGCAGAGGGGCCACAAAAUCCUCGUCCCUCCUCACCCAGGACCUGUCCUCGGAGGAUUCCUCGGAUCUCUUCAGCUCCGAGGCCUUCAGCACAUUCCCAGAGCCCGCGGAGCCGCCACCGCUGCCCGGCCUGGCGCUGCAGGAGGAGCAGGACGAGAGCUCCUCCGUCAACCUGGAGUUCUCGCAGCUCUCCAUGCUCCCACACCUGGCCGACCUGGUCAGCUACAGCAUCCAGAAGGUGAUCGGCUUUGCCAAGAUGAUCCCGGGCUUCAGGGACCUGUCGGUGGAGGACCAGAUCGUGCUGCUCAAGUGCAGCGCCAUGGAGGUGAUCAUGCUGCGCUCCAACGAGUCCUUCACCCUCGAGGACAUGUCCUGGACCUGCGGCAGCAGCGACUUCAAGUACAGGGUCAGCGACGUCACCCAAGCCGGGCACAGCAUGGACCUGCUGGAGCCGCUGGUGAAAUUCCAGGUGGGGCUGAAGAAGCUGAACCUGCACGAGGAGGAGCACGUGCUGCUCAUGGCCAUCUGCAUCCUGUCCCCAGACCGGCCGGGCGUGCGGGAGCCGCUGCGGGUGGAGGCGCUGCAGGAGCGGCUCUCGGAGGUGCUGCAGAGCUACAUCCGCGCCCGGCACGCCGCGCCCGGCGGCCGCCUGCUCUACGCCAAGAUGAUCCAGAAGCUGGCGGACCUGCGCAGCCUGAACGAGGAGCACUCGCGGCAGUACCGCUGCCUGUCCUUCCAGCCCGAGCACAGCAUGCAGCUCACGCCGCUGCUGCUCGAGGUGUUCGGCAACGAGAUCUCCUGAGCAGCCGGCGCUGGUGCCGCGGGAGGAG